AUGAUCAUCAUUUUUAAAUUGUUGAUUUUAAUUUAACCAAUUUUAAGUUAGUUUUAAUGUGAUCCUACAAAAAACUAUUGCUGUAAAAAAUCCUGUCUUAGUUGCUCUGAAAACUAAAUUUCUGAAUCUAAUACUGUAGCCAAUGCUCAAGUACCUAAUGUUUACAAUGCCUUGAUGGAUUUUAAAAAGACCCUAACGAUCCUCAAAAUUGUAUUUCUCAGUGCAGCUAAAUAGGAUAAAUUUAAGAUGAUUAAAGCCAAUGCAAUUAUGGGUGCUUCAAUGAUUAGAUUUUUGAUAUCGACUACUAAUCGUUUAGUUGUUAAGUAAAAGCUUAAUGCCCUUAGAUACAACAAAUACCUUAGUUGCAAAAUUAAAACAAUAUUGUUUCCUCUUUGCUUGAUAAAACUAUGA